AUGAUGGAGGCAGAAGAACAGCCAUGGAAGACAACCUUUUACUCAAAAUUACCUAAAGUGGAACUUCAUGCCCACUUGAAUGGAUCCAUUAGUUCCAAUACCAUAAAGAAGUUAAUAGCCAAGAAACCAGAUCUUAAAAUCCACGAUCAGAUGACUAUGAUUGACAAGGGAAAGAGAAGAACUUUAGAAGAAUGCCUCCAGAUAUUUCAAAUUAUUCAUCUACUUACUACUAGCCCUGAAGAUGUUUUAAUGGUGACAAAAGAUGUCAUUAAAGAAUUUGCAGAUGAUGGUGUCAAGUAUCUGGAACUAAGGAGCACACCCAGAGAAGAAAAUGCUACAGGAAUGACUAAAAAGACUUAUGUGGAAUCUAUACUUGAAGGUAUAAAACAGUCCAAAGAAGAAAAUGUAGACAUUGAUGUUAGGUAUUUGAUAUCAAUUGACAGAAGAGGUGGCCCUUCAGUAGCCAAGGAGGCCGUUAAACUUGCUGAAGAGUUCUUCCUUUCUACAGAGGAUACAGUUCUUGGCCUUGACCUCAGUGGAGACCCUGCAGCAGGACAAGCAAAAGACUUCUUGGAACCUCUUUUAGAAGCUAAAAAAUCUGGUCUGAAGUUGGCACUGCAUAUUUCAGAGAUUCCAAACCAAAAAACAGAAACACAAGUACUCCUGAACCUGUUUCCUGACCGAAUCGGGCAUGGGACAUUUCUCAACUCCUCCGAGGAAGGAUCCCCAGAUCUGGUGGACUUUGUGAGGCAACACCAGAUACCGCUCGAACUCUGUUUGACCUCAAACGUCAAAAGUCAGACAGUUCCAUCUUACGACCAACAUCACUUUGGAUUCUGGUACAGCAUUGCCCAUCCUGCCGUGAUCUGUACUGAUGAUAAGGGUGUUUUUGCUACACACCUUUCUCAAGAGUACCAGCUGGCGGCUGAAACAUUUCAUCUGACCCAGUCUCAGGUGUGGGAUCUGUCUUACGAAUCCAUCAGCUACAUCUUUGCUUCUGACAGCACCAAGGCUGACCUGAAGAAGAAGUGGAGUCAUCUGAAGCCCCAUUUUUAA